UUAAUCGGAGUUUAGGAAGUACAGUGAGGGGCAUAUUGUAGUAAAAAGUGAGUGGUAGAGCUAUUCCUAAAACCCUAAUUUCAAUCCUAGUAAAUAACUAAGAAACCUCCUUCUGCCAUUUCCUUGUUUCGGCGAAUCCUUAAACCCUAACGAAAACAGAACUUUGCUCCAAUCAGAGGAAAUUCUUGGUCAGGGCUCUAAUGGCUGCCAACAACAUGCCAGCUGGAAUAGACAAAGAGCAGGCCUUUGGCAUGGCGGAAACAGAGAUGGAAUAUAGGGUAGAACUUUUUAACAGGCUUGCACAAACAUGUUUCAACAAGUGUGUUGACAAAAGGUACAAGGAAUCUGAGCUAAACAUGGGGGAAAACAGUUGCAUUGAUCGCUGCGUUUCUAAGUAUUGGCAGGUGAAUAGCAUGAUCGGUCAGAUGCUCAGUGCUGGUGGUCGGCCUCCGAUGUAAAACACAGUCAUUGUCAUCCUCCCAUCUUGAAUUCGUUUAAAAUGUAAAACAAGGCUAAGUCCUGCAAUUGACAUUAGCAAUUUAUCUUUGUUUGGAACAGCUAAUCAAAACUUCUUAUAAACCAAGCUUUCAUCCAUAAAAA